UGGCAACGAGCAGCAGCAGCAGCAGCAACAGCAGCAGCAGCAGCAGCAGGAAUCUUCUCCCCUUCAAGCACUUCUGGCACACCAGCAAGCAGCUCUUCUUUCACCUUUCGAGAAGCAAACAGCAGCAGCAGCAGCAGCAACAGCAACGACGCAGUUGGGCUGCUGGCGCUGCAGCGGGGAGCAGCAGGACUCUUGCCUGCAGCAGCUACGAGCACAUUCCACAGCAGCAGCAGCAACAGCAACAGCAGCAGCAACAGCAGCAGCAACAGCAGCGCGUUGUCUCCUUCACUGCAGCAGCUGUCUCUCUUUAGCUGUGGGAGGCCAGGCAAGGCGACAGCAACGGCCUGCAGCAGCAGCAGCAGCAGCAGCAGCAGCAGCAGCUCGAACUGCUGCACCAAAACGUGUGCAGGCUGCCUCGCUGCUGCUCUGCACCGGCAGCAGCAGCAGCAGCAUCAACAGCAGCAAGAACUGCAGCACCACCAGGCAGUGCAGCAGCAGCAACAAUUGCAGCAGCAGCAGCAGCAGCACUCAGGCUAUCUCGGGGUAUACGGCGGCAGCAGCAUGGUGAGCUUCUUGCAUGAGCAGCAACAGCAGCAGCAGCAGCAGCGACGGCAGCAGCAGACGCAGCGGCAGCAGCAAACGCAGCAGCAAACAGCAGCACCUGCGUCUUGUCUCUGCGUGUGUGUAGGAGCCUAG